AUGUGUUGCAUUUGUACUUUUUACCUUGUUAGCCAAAGAAGCGUGCAGUUGAAGCCCAAAGCAUGCAACACAACACAACACAACACAGAUGAUGCGAUCUCAUUACCAGCCCUGCAAACCUUAGGAGGUAAGUGUUUGGUGGAAAGGGAUGUUUGUGUCGCCAAGGCCAGAAACUUUCUCAGGGCCACUGAAGUAACUUCGAGAAAUUCGGUGCUUGUGUCGUGUGAUGCAUAUUACACACGUCUCUUUGCCAAUUUGGAUAAAUUGUUGGCUCCGGAUAGACCUUGCCACAGCAACUUAUGGUUAGCAAUCUUGGCUCUUCACAAAGCCCUUGCUGAUCAACCUCGAUUUCCUUCAGUGGUUGCCGCGUUCAGCCACGCUGUCCACAAUGGUGGAGAUGUUAUAGAAGCUGUAAAGAUCACCAGGGAAAUCACAAAACCUCAUAAUAGAAGUUUCUUCGAGCUACUGGAGCCAGAGAAACUGGACUCCCAAACCUUAAUGGAUGAGAUCAUGGAUCUUGAAGCGUCUACUAAAGAGGCAUUGUGA